AUGAAGCUAAACCUGAAGAAGUGUGCAUUCAGUGUUUCGUCAGGGCAGUUCUUGGGGCAAAUAGUGAAGAAGCGAGGCAUCGAGCCCAACCCAUCGAAGGUGGAGGCGUUGCGGAAUAUGCCUGGUCCAAGAACACCUAGAGAUGUGCAGGUUCUAAUCGGGCGAAUAACGGCUCUCAGCCGGUUCAUUUCAAGAUCGUCAUAUCGUUGUAAGCCAUUCUUCCAGGCAAUUUGA